AUGGGGCCAACAGACCGCCCCAGGCGGACAAAAUAUCUCUCUCCUGCCAACCAAACCUCGGACAGUCCCACCGAGUCCUCAAAUGCCCAAGCACAGGCUCUUGAAGAGGCCUAUUUCAAAAGAAAAGAAGAGCUCCGUCUCAGCAGACUCGAAGAGGCCCGUCUCAAGAAAAAUGAGAGUUCCCGCCAGGGAUAUCAGAAAAGGAAAGCAGCCGAUGCCCUUACUAAAUUGGCCGAAAAAGAGAGAACAACCAACGAAGAGACGGUGAGCAACAAUGCGUCUCCCACUCCGGAUACCGAGAACAAUAAGAUAGACGAGGUGAAAGAAGCGGAGGAGGAAAAUGAAGUUGAGGUGAAUGAAGCAAAGAAGGUGGACGAAGAGGAAGAGGGAGAGAAAGAGGGAGAUGUUCCAGAGGAAAAGAAGAAGCUUACAGAUGAAGAAGCCCUGGUCCAACGAAAUGAAGAGCGUUGGCUGGCAAAAAUGAGACGGGAUGAGCAACGUCGGGUUGACAGAGAGAACACUACCGUUGCGCGCCUACGAGAUGAAUAUAAUCGGCUUAAAAUGGAUUUAGACACGGGCAAAGAAUCUAUGGAAGCAGAAGCUGGCGAAGAAGGAGAGUUUUCCACCCAACAAUCUCCUAUCCAAGAAUCUCCCACUCCAGAGUCAUCCGUCCCGGAUUCCUCCACUGAUCAGUCUCCCGCCGAGAGGCUGGAGGACCUGCCUAGACAUAAGAGAAGAGAGGCCAAAUACACGAAUCAGUACACACCUAAGGAGCUGCGGCUACGGACACUUCAUUCCGAGAUCAGUCUUAUACUCCGCAAUCAGAAAAUCCGACAGGAGCGACAUAAACAAAGAGCAAUCGAGAUCGCCAAUGGGCAGCGCGACACUAGGGGAAGGCUCCUGUGGUAUCCAGAGAAGCUCAAAAGACUAGCCUUGGAAGCCAAAGCCAGAGAAAGAGCCGAAUCUUCAGAGCAACAAUCCCCAGACCAGGAGUCCCCUGUACCAGAUUCCCCAACUCAAGAGUCUCCUAUCGAUAACACUCCUUUAUUCCAGAUGCCGGAGAAAGGAAAGCCCGAGUCAAAAAUAGCUCAAUACAAGAAGACGUUAACACCAGAGCAGCUGGUUCUUUUCGAAGAAAGGCAUCGAACCGAGGUUGAGAAGCAACGAAAGCAGCGGCAACAGCAAAAGGAAAUCGAGAUCGCUAAUGGACAGCGCGACGCUAGGGGAAAGCUCCUGUGGUGGUCAGAAAAGCGCAAGAGAGACGCCAUGGAAGCUGAGGCCAAAAAAAGAGCUGAAUCCUCCGCUCAGGGACCUUCAAAUGAAGAAUCUCCAGCCCAGGAGUCUCCCAUCGAUGACGCUCCCCUAUUCCAGAUGCCGGAGGGAAAACCCGAAUCAAAAGUAGCUCAAUAUAAGAGUACUUUGACGCCGGAGCAACUGGCCCGUUUCAACGAAAAACGUGAAAUCUUCAAUGAGAAACGCCGAGGGGAGAGGCAACAGCAGAAGGAGAUCGAGAUCGCCAACGGACAGCGCGACGCCAACGGAAAGCUCCUGUGGUGGCCAGAGAAGCUCAAAAGAGCCGCCCUAGAAGCAGAAGCCAGAGCAAAAGGCGAGUCUUCCACUCAGCCGUCUUCAAAUCAAGACUCUCCAGACCAGGAGUCUCCCAUCCCGAAUUCCCAAGAUCAAGAGUCCUCCGUCCAGGAUUCUUCGGCCCAAGAAUCUCCCGUCGAUGGAACCCCCAUCCAGAUGAUGCGUAAAGCAAAACCCGAGUCAAGAGCAGCUAAAUGGCAGAAGAACUGGACGCCGGAGCAGGUGAUUCGUUAUAGAGAAAAACGUGAAGUCUUCAAUGAGAAACGCCGAGGUGAGAGGCUAGAGCAAAAGGAGAUCGAGAUCGCCAAUGGACAGCGCGACGCCAGCGGAAAGCUCCUGUGGUGGUCUGAAAAGCGCAAGAGAAACGCGCUGGAGGCAGAGGAGGCCAAAAAAAGAGAGGCUUCCGCUGCGGGAGCUUCAGCCUCCGAGGAGCUUGCAGCAGCAGAGGAGUUGAAAGAUAAACGUCUCUACAGGAACCAUAUCCAACAGAGAAAUCGUCAGAUUCAGAAAGACAUCGAGAUCGCCAAGGGGCAGCGUAGCGCCGACGGAACGCUCUUGUGGUAUCCAGAGAAGCUCGCGAGAGAAGCUAUGAAGGCAGAAGAAGCUAAGAAAAUAGAAGAGUCUUUCGCACAAGAAUCGUCAACUCAGAAAUCCUCUGCUCAAGAGUCUGCCAUUCAAAAGUCCCCCACUAAGGAGUCUCCCGCUCAGCAACCCGUCACUCGCAAGAGGAAAGAGUCCAUCUCCAAGGAGGAGUCAGCCGCAGAGUUUGAAGAAAGACGUCUCCACAGGAACCUGAAGAAACAAGCGGAUCGCCAGAAUCAAGAAGAGAAAGAGACCGCCCGUGGACAACGCGGCACCAACAGGACACUCACCCGGUCUCAAACCAGCAUCACUAGUUCCAGCACCCUGGCGUCUAACAUUGGUGUCCAAAAUAAACUUCAGGCGAACGACAAGAUGGAUGAGGGGGGGUACGAAAUGGUCGAGUCUUCUGAGGUCCGUAAAGAUGCUGCCGUAUCUACUACCAUCACCGACGAACAGCUACAAGCUUCUUAA